CUCUAUCUUUUUCGCUGUAUUCUAUAGUUUUUCUAGACCGCUCUAUCCUCCUCUGCGCAACUCUCUAUAGUCACAAGAGGUCGCUCUGUCCGGGUUCCCAUGCAUAUUCUCUAUGGUAGGCUAGGUCGCUCUUUCCUACUUCCCGGUAGUCUGUGGUGCGGUGGAGGAGUAGCCGGUUUCCAGGUGUCAUGGCGGCGGUGUACCGGCUAGCUGUGUUGCUGGGGGUGGUAGCCCUGUGUUGUGCGGUGUAUGAGGAUCAGGUCGGCAAAUUUGACUGGAGGCAGCAAUAUGUGGGGCGCCUGAAGUACGCAGUGCUGGAAUCUGGACAAGGAGCCAAGAAACUCAUCGCAGCCACAGAGAUGAAUGGGAUUGUCUCCCUGAAUUCCAGGAACGGCGACAUCUUGUGGCGUCACAUCGAUAAGGACACCGCUGAAGGCACCAUCAAUGCUCUGCUGAUGCAUGGUCAAGAUGCUAUCACAAUAUCCGGUGGCCGGCUGCUGCGCUCCUGGGAGACUAACGUUGGCGGUUUGAAUUGGGAAGCCAUUCUUGAACCCGGCAGUUUUCAGACUGCGGGCUUCGCCGGCACCCAGGACGCAGCGCGAUACGUGGCGGUGCUGAAGAAUUCUGUCCUGUCCCUCCACUACCUGUCCAAUGGGCACCAGAAAUGGUCCGAAGACCUGCCGGACAGUGGAACCGUCCAGUACCAGCUGCUUCACUCCUCCUACAAAGGUCUGGUCCACGUGGUUGGGAUUGUCCCCGGCGAUCGCAUCCGGAUCCUGACAUUUAGUGUGGAGGAUGGCUCCAUCACAAUGCAGGUUGAUGUCCUCACCCCUUGGCUUAACACGCUACACGGGACCUGCGGGGUGGUCGCUGACAAUGUCCUGAUCUGUGCGGACACCGCAGCCGCCUCUCUCCAUACACUCUCUCUAAUGACUGCCGAGGAGACAACACAGCAUCGCCUGCAGUCCCUGGGAGUGGAAGUGGCCGAUGACAUCACAGAGCUCAGUAUAACUACAGCUCCUCUCAAUCUUCCCGGCCCGACUCUGGCCCAGUUCUUCCUGCAGAUCUCUCCUCGCCGUUCCCUACUGCUGCAGUACCGAGACGGCACCCUGACACCGCUGCGCGACUUCUCUCACGUGUCUCUGGCAAUCUUCGCUACCAUAGCCGAUAAGACCGUGGCAGCUGUGAUGCAGUGCAAGACGGACGUGGCCACUGCUGGACUCAGCUGCUCCGAGGAAGCGGCUUCUUGUCCCGGGCAGACGUUCAGCAUCAGUCUACACAUGGCGGACAGCGGCCGGAGGCUUUUGGACACCACCCUGACCUUCACUCUGGAGCAGAGCUGCGUGAGACCGGACGCUUUAUAUCUACAGCUGUUCCUGAAGAAAGAUGACUCGGUGGGCUAUCGGGCGCUCGUACAGACCGAGGACAACCAGCUCACGUUCCUGCACCAACCAGAUCAUCAAUCCCCCCGGACGGACCCGUCGCUCCGUGGACAGCCGCUCCCACGGUCUUGCAGACUCACCGUAAAACGCCGGCCGCCGUCUGCACACUCCACUCCAGGCCGACGUCCGCGUCAUCACAUCCAGGGGUGCUAUGCUAAGACUUCAAAGCUUGUGCGAAGAUACCUUCCUCUUCCCCGUACAGAUGGCCUCCUGGGGAUGGUGCUGAAGCGUCUCUCCUCCCAGUUGAUCUUGCUGCACUCCUGGGGCGCCCAUCUGUGGAAGAUGUUCUGCGAUGCCAGGAAGCCGCGAAGCCAGAUCCGCAGCGAGAUCAACAUCGAUACGCUGGCCAGGGACGAGUUCAACCUGCAGAAGAUGAUGGUCAUGGUCACCGCUUCGGGCAAGCUCUUUGGGAUUGAAAGCGGCUCAGGCAGCAUCUUGUGGAAGUUCUACCUUCCUGGUGUUCAGCCAGGAGCCUCCUUUAAACUGCUUGUACAAAGGACAACGGCGCACUUCCCUUACCCCCCUCAGUGCACCCUGCUGGUGAAGGACAAGGAGACCGCGAUGACCUCCCUUUACGCCUUCAACCCGAUAUUUGGGAAACUGAGCCAGAUGACUCCGCCUCCUCUGCAACGCCCCAUUCUUCAAUCCUUGCUCCUCCCGAUUAUGGACCACGACUAUGCCAAAGUUCUUCUUUUAUUGGAUGACCAGCACAAGAUAAUUCCGUUCCCGGCCACAAAGUACGUCCUGCAGCAGUUACAGGAGCUCUCCUCCACCAUCUUCUUCUUCCUGGUGGAUGCCGAGAGAGGGAAGCUGAGCGGACUGCGUCUGCACAAGGAUCUGACCACAGAGGAGAUGUGGGAGCUCGUGCUGCCUCCAGAACUGCAGAGGGUUACCGUUGUGAAGGGGAAACAUUCCAGCGAGCACGUCCACUCGCAGGGGAGAGUCAUGGGCGACCGCAGCGUCCUCUACAAGUACCUGAACCCCAACAUGAUGGCACUGGUGACAGAAAGUACCGACACUCACCCCGACCGCUGCUUCAUAGGAAUAUAUCUGAUCGAUGGAGUUACCGGGCGCAUCAUUCACUCCUCCGUGCAGAGGAAAGCCCGGGGCCCCGUCAUUAUCGUCCAUUCUGAGAACUGGGUGGUGUACCAGUACUGGAACAGCAAGGCGCGCCGGAACGAGCUGACGGUCUUGGAACUCUACGAAGGGACGGAGCAGUACAACAGCACCAUCUUUAGUUCCCUGGACCGGCCGCACCUCCCGCACGUCCUGCAGCAGUCUUACAUCUUCCCCUCCACCAUACGCGCCAUGGAGGCCACCAUCACCGAGCGUGGGAUAACCAGUCGCCACAUCCUCAUUGGACUCCCAUCUGGGGCGAUCUUCUCCCUUCCCAAGGCUUUACUGGACCCCCGCCGGCCUGAGAUCCCAACGGAGUACACGAGAGAAGAGAAUUUGAUCCCCUACACGCCCGACAUUCAGAUUCACGCCGAACGCUUCAUCAAUUACAACCAGACCGUGUCCCGGAUGAAAGGACUCUACACGGCCCCAUCGGGCCUGGAGUCUACCUGCCUGGUCGUGGCCUACGGACUGGACAUCUACCAGACCCGCGUCUACCCCUCCAAACAGUUCGACGUCCUGAAGGACGACUACGACUACAUCCUCAUCAGCGGCGUUCUCAUCGGCCUGGUCUUUGCCACCAUGAUCACCAAAAGACUGGCACAGGUCAAACUUCUCAACCGCGCCUGGCGAUGAGACCGCACAAGCUUAAGCGGCAACUCCCCCCAGUACAGAG